UAAACUUAGACAAACAGAGGGGCGUCUUGGAGGCUUUCGGCUCGCAAUUGUUUGCAACUCGAGCUCCAUUUGGGCUGCCAGGGAGUGGCCCCGACUCUGGCAUUGCAGCCCCUUGCGACAGUGGGGUUAGAGCAGUGAGCAGAAAUGGCACCAUUUGGGGCAGAGGGAAGACCUGGCUGGUUAGGCUGGGCGGUCACUUUGGUGAGGACAUUGGUGGCCUGGAUGAUUUCUCUGUGUAAUUUUACUGUUCUUGAAAAUGUCAGACUAGUAGUUGGACCUUAGUUAAGUAUUAAACAGGUGAAUCUACUUAGUAUUUCUAGAACAUGGGCAGUCUGCUCGGGGAGUAAGGUACGUGGAGUGAGUGUUCUCUCAAAGUAAUCCUUGCUCAGUCUGUUCUCUUAGUAUUUAAUUUUGUGUUCGGACCUUGGCCACUUGGUAUUAAGUCACUGAUACGGAAGGAUAGUUCCCGUGGGGCUUAGUGGCUGGACGCAGAAAAGAUAAGCCCAAGGAGAGUCUGCUUUGUCUCUACUUGGUGUGGGUCUAAGAGCCGUUCCUGUAAGGGAAGAGUGGGUGGAACAUUCUCAGGGCCUUCCUCACCCGCUGAGAUGGCCUCAGAGCGAGACCUUUGCUCCAUUUUUGAACGUAACCUCUUGACGCCCCAGAGAAGGGCAUGGAGUCCAGGCAGCCUGUGUGGUCCCACUGGCGGGCAGGGAGGGCAAGCCGAGCCCCAGACUCUAGGUGAUGUCACCACAGGGUGGUCCUGUAUGGUAGAGGUCCUGAGGGUCUCCUGGGUCACGGCUCCCCUUUGUCGUUCCAUCUCCAUGCGGGGCUUCAGCAAGGCUACUGCACCUGGUGCUGCUUUAACUCUCACCUCAGUCCUGCCAGGCAAACGUGUUCAAUUGCUAACACACGAGGGGCUGGGCCCAGAAGGUCAAGUGACUUGUCUGAGGCCACCAUUGGGAGGUGACGGCACUGGGGUUUCAGCUCUCAGGCCCACCCCUACUGACACGGUCCACCUUGUGGCCCAGCAGUAAUCCCACCAGUGGGCCUUGGAGUGACCUCAGAAAGAGCUGUCGUGCCCUCUGAGUCUAUUCUUAGGUGCCCACCGGGUCGGGUCCACACGGGGCUCUCAGGCAGGGCGGGGGGAGGGUGUGUCUGAGCCCCUGGUCCCAGUCUGCACCCCCUUUCUUCUGCACUCUAGGCUCUCUGUGGGCUGAGUGUCUAGUCCCUCCCCUCCUGCAGGGUGGAGACAAUGCCCAAACUGCAGGGCUUCGAGUUCUGGAGCCGUACCCUGGGGGGGGCCCGCCACGUGGUAGCCCCCAUGGUGGACCAGAGCGAGCUGGCCUGGAGGCUGCUGAGCCGCCGCCAUGGGGCACAGCUCUGCUAUACGCCCAUGCUGCACGCCCAGGUCUUCGUGCGUGAUGCCAACUACCGGAAGGAGAACCUGUACUGUGAGGUGUGCCCUGAGGACCGGCCCCUCAUUGUGCAGUUCUGUGCCAACGACCCGGAAGUGUUUGUGCAGGCGGCUCUCCUCGCUCAGGACUACUGUGAUGCCAUUGACCUGAACCUGGGCUGCCCGCAGAUGAUAGCCAAGAGGGGUCAUUAUGGCGCCUUUUUGCAGGAGGAGUGGGACCUGCUGCAGAGAAUGAUUCUGCUGGCCCACGAGAGGCUCUCUGUUCCAGUCACGUGCAAAAUCCGUGUCUUCCCAGAAAUUGACAAGACCGUGAGGUACGCCCAGAUGCUGGAGAAAGCUGGCUGCCAGCUGCUGACCGUGCACGGGCGCACCAAGGAGCAGAAGGGGCCCUUGCCGGGGCCUGCAUCCUGGGAGCAUAUCCGCGCUGUGCGGAAGGCUGUGAGCAUUCCAGUGUUUGCCAACGGGAACAUCCAGUGCCUGCGGGAUGUGGAACGCUGCCUGCAGGACACGGGGGCGCAGGGGGUCAUGAGUGCAGAGGGCAACCUGCACAACCCCGCCCUGUUCGAGGGCCGCAGCCCUGCCGUGUGGGAGCUGGCUGAGGAGUACCUGGUGUUGGUGCGGCAGCACCCCUGCCCACUAUCCUAUGUCCGCGCCCACCUCUUCAAGCUCUGGCACCACACGUUGCAGGUGCAUCAGCAGCUCCGUGAGGAACUCGCCAAGGCGAAGACCUUGGAGGAUGUGGCCACAGUGAGCCGGGCACUAAGGCUGCAGUGUCAGGAGGACAUGUCCAGGCAGAAGGAGGGGGAGAAGCCCUCGGGAGGUCUGCCGUUCUUCCACUGGAUCUGCCAGCCCUACGUCCGGCCCGGGCCCAGGGAGGGGAGCAAGCACAGCAGUGCUGGCAGCAAGCGGGCCCUAGAAGAGGAGGAGGAGGAGGGGGGUCGCCUUGAGGUCCUGUCCAAGAACAAACAGAAAAAGAAGCUGAGGAACCCCCACAAGACCUUCGACCCCUCGCUUAAGCCAAAAUACGCAAAGUGUGACCAGUGUGGAAACCCUAAGGGCAACAGGUGCGUCUUUAACCUGUGCCGGGGUUGCUGCAAGAAGAGAGCUUUCAAAGAGUCUGCAGAUUGCCCAGGUCACGGGCUGCUGUUCAAGACCAAACUGGAAAAGUCUCUGGCCUGGAAAGGGGACCAACCUAGGCUGCAGGAGCCACCCCCACCAGGACCUGGGGGACCGGGUGGCUUCCCUGAAGUUGUGGGCAGUGCUGUGGCCUGAGGCCAGCUGUAGCCUGGACAGGACUGCCAUUGAGGCUUGGACACAGCUCCCUAAGCACAUACCUUUACUCAGGGAUCUCCUGCUAUUUAACAUGGACGGGAGCAUGCCAGUCCACCCUCA